CUUAGAUUUCCAAUUUCCCCUUCUUCAAUCGACCUUCUUUGUCCCCUCCAAGCUCACCGGAGAUAUCACUGCUACAAGCUGAAUAAGCAUAUUCACUAAAAGCUUGAGAAAGAUUUUGAAGCUCUUGUUCAGAAGUUGAUGAUUUUCCAUAUUUGUUAUUCUUGGAAGCAAGUUUGCCGAGACGGAGGUCGAUGACGGAAUCGGUGAGACUUUUCGAUACACAGGUGGAUCUUUCGGUGAAAGUGCAACUACCGUUAUCUUCAUCGAAGAUACUAAAUCUUCUUGUUCACAUGGAUCUUCCUAUGUUUCGCUGUGAUUUUAAAGAAAUAGAUGAAUGAUAUUAAUGGGUUUUUGGUAAUGGAAAACAAUUUGGAUUGGAACGAGAAUCUUCCCGAUAAACCAUUGUUGAAGGCAAAUGUUCCACUAUAACGAAUUUAAGAUUAGGGUUUCUAACUUUGUAUUAUGAUGAUGAUGAAGGGAGUGUCCAACCUUCAACAACCGGAUCCGGAUUUGUUAAUAUUAAUUUUUUGAUAACUCCCUUCUUUUCUUUAGAAAUUUGUGUGUUAAUUUUGGAUGAUGAUGAUGAAGAUUUUGAGUUUUUUUUUUUGAAUUUUGUUAUGAAUUUUAUUAAUUUUUCUGGAUUUGGUUAUGAAGAUGAUAAAUUUUUUGGAUUUAAGGAUGAAGUUUAUGAAUAAAGAAGAUGUGUUUUUAUUAAAAUCUGACGGAAUGAAUUUAAAUGGGGGAUGGAGAUAACUUAAAUGGAGCGAAAAUUAAUAAGAGGAUGAAAUCGAAAUCUCAUAAUUAUUUAAGCCACCAAUUAUAUAAUUAAGCCAAAAGAAAAACUAAAACCCUGAACACCACUCAUUUCCUAUUUCACCUUCUUCAUUUCAUUUCGUUUCUCCACUCCACGCAGUUCUUCGCUCUCAGUUCCCCCGCUUCCUCUUCCUUUUGAAAACAAUGUCGUUGACUCGUUGGCAUCGGAGGACAGGCUAAGCAGUUUAUCAGAUGAUAUCCUUCGCCACAUUCUCUCUUUCAAUCCUACCAAAGACGCCGUUAUCACUGGAGUUCUUUCAAAGAGGUGGAUUCAUCUAUGGUGCUCUAUUCCUUUUCUUGACUUCACCAACAUCAAAUUGGGAAACAUAGAAUCCAUUCUCCACUUCAAUCAGUUAGUCAAUUCCGUCUUUGUUUCUCGAGACAUUGCUGGUUCUCGCUCAAUCAAUAGUUUCUACCUCGACAUUGAAUAUGCUAACCGCAGUCAUGCUUACUUUCAUAGCUUUCCAAAUCUCACCACAUUUGUUAAUCUUGUUGUUAAACUCAAAGUUCAGCAUCUCCAUCUUCUUCUCAAUAUGCUCAAUGGUCUGGUUGAUGCUGAUGUACCCCCGAGAUUACCCCAUAGCAUAUUUAGCUGUAAAACCCUAGAGGUUCUAAAGCUUAGUUGGUUCCGUGUAGAGGGCUUUUGUGUUUCUUCUGUUCAAUUUGGAUUUCCCUCACUGAAAACGCUUCAUUUGAAACGCAUUAAUUUUGACAAUUAUCGAGAUAUGUUGUUGCUGCUUGCUGGAUGUCCAAUUCUUGAGGAUUUCAAGGCAUUCAAUUUAUUCGUCUACAAUGACGUGUGGGAAGAAAGUUUCUGUCAAGUGAUUCAGAGGUUAAACUUAAGCAAGUUGAUUAGAGCAUAUAUUACUGACAGUUGUUAUUUUCCGUUGGAAGCACUUUUUCAUUUGGAAUUUCUAAAAAUACAACUAAUGGAGAUGUAUACUCCGUAUGAUUUUGCUACCUACCAUAAUUUGACUCACUUGGUGAUCAACAAUAUUUGGGAUUCGGUAUUACAAGCGCUCCACCACUGCCCUAAACUUCAAAAUCUCGAGCUUUAUCAGAAGACACACAGUUGGUGGGAUGAGCACAUUGAAGGACAAGAACAAGAAAGUUGGGUGGACCCUAAGUUCCCUCCACAAUGCCUUCAAUUAUCUCUUAGAACCUGCACUAUUCGGGACUUUACCUUUAGUGACCUACAGCAUAAUAUUAUGUUAGCAAGAUAUAUUCUAAAUAAUGCAAAAGUUUUACAAACUAUGACAAUAUGGAGCGACAAGGACCAACCUCAAAUAGAAAGGGAAUUAUCCUCAUGUCCAAGGGCCUCUGCAACAUGUCAACUUUCAGUUUAUUGAUAACGUACAAAAUAUGUAAGUACUAGUUUAUCUAUCAUGUCUUGUGCACAAGUUAAGCAAAAAUUAUCCUUAAAUGAUUUAGAAAGUGUUUGCUUUUCUGUUUUUCAUUAUAAAGCACUUAGAUCCAAAUGAUCUUUUUGAAGAUUUUGUUUAUUAACAUUAAUUGGUUAAAAGGCAGCUAAGUUGCACAAGGAAUAGUCAGCAAUGCAGUAAUUGUUUGACUUGUGAUUAGGGAGAAGCUUAGCGAUUAAGAUAUUCCAUCUGGCAUAUGGGUAAGGGUGGGUAUUGGAACUAUACGCCCAUCUCCGUCUGUUUGAUCGGUGGUUCCGACAGGUGGCGGGUCGGUUGAACUGGUUUGUUGCUCCUCCACGCAACAACACCUCUUCCAUCUCCGCGCCACCGUGAGAGCAGUCCUUGUGCUGCCUCCCCUUCUUGAUGUGUUGCUCCUCUGUCAAUUGCAGUCAUGUUAUGCAGCAAUGGCUUUUUACAUUGCUAGCCAAAUAACAAAGUCAAACCUGGACAACUUAAACUUUACAGGAAGCACUUAUGAGUUAUGACUUGUUUAGUGGAUGUGUCCAUUGUUUCUACACUUCAACUACAAGAAGCACAAUUUUGUUUGCGAGUCCUUGCUGUGUAUUCUUGUUUUUUAUAUGUCUGUGUAGUUUAAUUAAGAGUGAGAUGGGGUUCUGUAUGGUGGUGUUUUUCUUAUAAUGCUCUUUAUGCCAUCUGUGCUCCGUAUGUCAUUUGUGAAUGAUGCUUCUGGAUUUUGUUAUUUUUUUGGUAAGCAUGCUUCUGGAUGUAUAGCAGUUAGGUUCAUGAUUGGUUUCUCUUUGGCAACUUUUGUUUCUUACCAAUAUUGGAUGAGUAUGUUUAAUAGGAAGAUUAUUGGACUUGUUAAUGGGACUGCUGCUGGUUGGGGUAAUAUUGGACUUGUUGACGAGACUGCAGCUGCUGAUUUUUAGGGGUUUUUUGUCCUAGAAGACUCUUCCCCAUCUUUUUGUUAGGCCGUAGUUUUCCACUUCAUAUUCUGAUUUUAGUAUGAUCCUUUUGUAGGAAAAUUAGGUGAAAUAGAUAUGCUUGCUUGCUAUUAACUGAAAUAUAUUCAGAUGUCAGUAACUUUGUCAAGUACAUUUUUAUACAAUAUGAAAUUCACGUGUGUCAAGGAGCCAAAAGUAAUUGAAAAGUCAAGGGAGAAAAACAUAAGAUAUUCUCCCCACUUGGAUAAUAAUAUGAAUCUAGAUCAUAACACACAACUUGAAUCAUAGUUACACACAACUUUGAUGCUUCUAAGUUGUAGUUUUUAUUUGAACUGAUGGGGUAGGAUUGUGAAUGGCUGAUGGUAUUUUAUAAGCUAAAUUACAUCAGAGGUCUUUAAGUUAGUUAAUUUUAACAAGUUGGUUUUAAGUUUUUUUAGUACCACUUAGGUCCUUUACGAGUUUAUGUUAUUUAAUUCUUACAAAUUAGUCUUUGUUUUUUCCAUACCACUUAGGCCCUUUUAAGUUGUUUAACUAUAACAAUUUGGGAAAUUUCAAAUCUUAAAAAUUUAAGUUAUUCAGCAUUUAAAAGUUGCAAUUGAAUAACUCAAAGGACCUAGGUGGUACAAAAACAAUUUAAAGGACUAACUUGUUGCCUUUAAAUAACUUAAAGGACGUAACUGAUAUGAAAAUAAUUUAAAUGACCAACUUGUUAUAAUUAAAUAACUUAAAAGGAUCACUAAUGUAAUUUAAACUAUAUUUUAUAUUACCAACUUUCCAUUAUAGCAGAGUUUUCUUAAUUACCGAACUUUUGUAUUAGUAUUUCUGACUUUCUGUUUGAGAUCAUUUUAUAUUUUUUAAGGUUUCAGAUAUAGGGUCACCGGCAGGAAUGAGGCGUUCAUCCUCAUCUAAUCAAGAUCCUCAUGGACAUGGAGCUAGUAAUAUGAUACUAUAAUCGGUGUCUCAAUUACCUAUGUUUUGUCCUUCAUAAUUUCAAUUACUCACCAUUUUGUCGUUUGCAUGUGCGCAUUAAUGAACAUGUAGUUGACAGUUUAUUGGAGUUUCAUGUCCUUGAAGCUUCAGUGUGAUCUUCAGGGUUUUUUAUUGGAAUUCCAACGAUGUUCUCCGUACGUUGUAACACCUAAGAUUUGGAUGUGAGUUUUCAAACCACAUCACGUUGCCAUAUCAUAUUUAAAAGCACUCCAAUUGUGAAAGUUAUGAAACUGGAAUUUGAAGCU